AUGCUUCGCCGCCACUCCAUCCAUCCUCAGGAAGAAGAAGCUUCUUUCACGUUCCUGAGCGACUCAGGAGACCUUUCAUAUCUUCCGGCAGGUCAUACCGCCGUCCUUCCUCACUCUUCCAUCGACGACAGCCGGGUGCCGAGAUCGAUCGCAAUAUCAACAAGCUCCACUCGGUCGCUCUCAGUACCCGCCGUAGCCUCUCUCGAAGAGCCAGGCACGCCAAGAAGGCCUUCCUGCCAGCCCAGCGAUGGACUCUCUAAUGAGGCUCGACUAGGUUUGCCGGAGAAGUGGGUCAUCUAUCCCGUCUCGAGACACGGCGGCUGUUCGUCUCGUACCUUAGAUCGUAAACACGAUGACAUUGACUUUGUCAAAUUCGACUUUACUCGUCCUCUUGAAUUCUGCCUUUCUGCCGACAGCUCCAGUUCCACCGAUACACUACCCGCGUACCGUUCUCGAACAAACUCGUCUGGCCAGCUCGAAGACACCUUGCCUCCAUAUUCCGUAGACGACAAACUCUCCUCCGUCGUCCAGGCCAUCUACGCACAAAACGCCGACCUCCUCAAGAAACCAAAAUUGAAACGAGCCCGACCCCUUCCUCGCGAUUUUACCGAACACGAACUGCGAGAGAUCAGACGCAAGACCCGCCACCGUAUCAGAGUGGUGACGAGAAAUAGUCUGGGUCUGACAGUGAACCUUGGUCUCUCUUGCGUAGCGCCGCAGAUGCUCAUCGCUGCUGCCAUCAACGGCUUUUGUCUCGGCAUUGUCCAGAAGCGAGACAUCAUCAUUGCCGUGGCCGAAGGCGUUGCUAUCAAGCUCAUCUUCCUUGCCAUCACUCUCAACAACGAUGAUUUUCUGGUCCUCACCCACGAAAUGGUAUCUGCCCACUCAGAGACCAUCACACCCAUGCUCCACGAACUUCCUGGUUUCAGCCACGCCCACCAUGCAUUCAUGCUGCCCAUCGAAAAGAUACAAGAAGUCCUGGGUCUACCGACGAUGGCUCAACGCGCUGUUGACUUUGGGGCUGGAGGAUGGUACGACCCUGCUGAUGUGGUCUUAAAGAACAUGUUCUUAGUUGGUGCUGUGCAGAUGGCUAUGGAGACUGCUAUAGAUCAGGUGCAAGAUCGCUUCUCACGAGCUGUUGAGAACGUCAAGGAACAUCAAGCUCACAAGAGGAUAUCAAGGCUGAGGGAGUGUCAGACUGAGGGGGUGGCAUGGAGUAAGAAUACCGACUUCUUGUUCAAGAUCCGGCAUGAUCUGUGA